AUGGGGGCGCUGGACGCUACCACCAAACGUCGAGGCGACCGUACUGGGUCGGGCGUCAGUGCGGCGUCCAUUGUCUGCCUCACGGAGAGGACUAGGGCAAGGGACGACGGAACCGCCAAGAAUGUAGUGGGCUCCGAAACACUUGACUACCAGACUCAGUGCACGCGCACCUUCGCCACGAUAGCGGGAUGCUGCAGCGAGGAUCCACGUCCAGGGCAAGGGGCGCCCGGUGUCCGGUACGAGAUCCGCAGCGGCAACACCAGGGGCGUGUUCUCGCUGGACCGGGCGACGGGAGCGCUCCAGGUGGCGGGCAAGCUGGACUACGAGACCCAGAGCAAGUACGAGCUGCGGGUGGCGGCCUCGGACGGCGCGUCGGAGAACCACGCGCUGGUGGCGGUGCGCGUGCUGGACGUGAACGACAACCCGCCCUUGUUCGAGCGGCCCUCGUACCGCACGCAGAUCACCGAGGAGGACGACCGCAACCUGCCCAAGAGGGUGCUGCAGGUGACGGCGAUAGACGGCGAUAAGGACCACCCUGAGAGCAUCGUCUACUUCCUCACGGGUCAAGGCAUAGACGCGGACACUCCCGAGAACAGCAAGUUCGACAUCAACCAGACCUCGGGGGAGAUAUUCGUGCUCAAGCCGCUGGACCGCGACCUGCCGCACGGCCGGCCGCAGUGGAGGUUCACAGUGUUCGCGCAGGACGAGGGUGGCGAGGGGCUGGUGGGCUACGCCGACGUGCAGGUCAACCUCAAGGACAUCAACGACAACGCCCCCGUCUUCCCGCACGGCGUCUACUUCGGCAAGGUCACCGAGAACGGCACCAGAGGCAUGGCCGUGAUGACGAUCGCCGCGGUGGACCACGACGACCCGCAGGAGGGCGCCAACGCGCAGCUCUCCUACUCCAUCGAGAAGAACGUGAUCGAGGAGGAGACGGGGCUGCCCAUCUUCGAGAUCGAGCCGGCGACCGGCCUGAUCCGCACCGCCGUGUGCUGCCUGGACCGCGAGCGCACUCCCGACUACUCCAUCCAGGUGGUGGCCGUGGACGGCGGCGGCCUCAAGGGCACGGGCACGGCGUCGAUCCGGGUGGAGGACAUCAACGACAUGCCGCCCGUGUUCACGAGGGACGAGUGGCUCACGGAGGCGGACGAGACGGACGGCGACCACGUGCCCGACGUGCCCAUCCUCACCGUCACCGUGCACGACCAGGACGAAGUGAACGACUUCCACUACCAGGUGGUGGCAAACAGUGGGUUCGGCGCUGAGAAGUUCUUACUGGUCAAGAACAACGAUGGCACUGGAUCUCUUAAAGUGGCGCAACCCUUGGACUUUGAGGACAGCCGUCAAAGGAAUGGUUUCAGAUUUAGGAUACAGGUCACAGAUAAGAGACCUGAUGAUGGUGACGACACCUACCACGUGGCCUACUCGUGGGUGGUGGUCAGCUUGAGGGACAUAAACGACAAUAAGCCCCAGUUCGAGCGACCUGACAUCGAGGUGUCCGUGUACGAGAACGCGGCUGUCGGUCGGAACCUGGUCACCUUCAGCGCCACGGACCCCGACCAAGGCGGGAAGAGCGCCGUCGCUUACAAGAUAGACCCCGCCUCCGACCAGAAGCGACAGUUCGCCAUCGACGAAGAAGGAUCUGUGUCUGUGCAGAGGAGUCUGGAUCACGAAAAAUUGUCCACCCAUAAGGUGAGAAUUCUGGCUGUAGACGAUGGUAUUCCAUCCCAAACCGCGACUGCUACACUCACGGUGUUGGUGCAAGAUAUCAACGACAACGCCCCCACGCUGCUUAAAGACUACCGACCAGUUCUCCCAGAAAACCAUCCUCCCAGGAUCAUUGCUGAACUCCAAGCCACGGAUAGAGAUGACCGCUCAAAAAAAAAUGGACCACCAUUUGUGUUCAAAAUGGAUCCCACGGCUGAUGACAUUAUAAAGGCUUCUUUCAAAGUUGAUCACGACCCAAGAGGGGCGAGCGGCGACGGCGCGGCCGUCGUGUCCUCCCUGAGGUCCUUCGACAGGGAGCAGCAGAAGAACUACCUCAUACCCGUGGUGAUCAGGGACUCCGGGACGCCGAGCCUCACCAGCACCUGCACCCUCACCGUGGUCAUCGGCGACGUCAACGACAACACCAUGCAACCAGACUACAAGCACGUCGUCGUUUACAACUACCUGGGCCAGGCCGGGGACAGCGCGGUGGGACGCGUGCACGUGCGUGACCUGGACGACUGGGACCUGCCGGACAAGCAGUUCCAGUGGAGCGGCCAGGAGCACCCCCUGUUCGCGCUGGACCAGCACUCGGGCAUGGUCACCAUGAGGCGUGGCACGCCGAGCGGGAGGUACAACUUGCAGUUCAAGGUGUCUGACCGCAAGCAUGGCCAGUACGACGUGCCUGCGAACGUGACCGUGACCGUGAGGGACAUCUCCCACGAGGCGGUCGUGAACUCGGGCUCCGUGCGGCUGGCCGGGGUCACAGACGAGGACUUCAUCGCGCAGUCGGACGCCAAGGGCCGCAGCAGACUGGACCGCCUGCGCGACAAGCUGGCGGAGGUGCUGCGCGUGGGCAGGCAGGACGUGCUGGUGUUCAGCGUGCAGGCGAGCGAGGCCGCGCCCCGCGCCACGGACGUGCGCUUCGCGGCCCGCGUGUCGGGCGCGCGCUACCUCCCGCCCGUGCGCCUCAACGGCCUGCUGCUCAUGCACAGGGAGGCGGUGGAGAGCCACGCCGGAGUCAACAUCACGCAGGUGGGCCCCGGCGCGUGUCUGGCGGAGGGGCGGCCCUGCGCGGGCAGCUGCACCGCCGAGCUGGCGGUGGGCGCGCCGCCGCACCUCGUCGAUGCUAACCGCACGGCGCUGGUCGGCGUCACCGUGCGCGUGGCGGCGCGCUGCGUCUGCGGCGCGCGGCACUUCGCCGCCCCGGAGACCUGCCUCGCCGGCCCCUGCCUCAACGGCGGCAGCUGCUCGGAGGAGCCCUCCGGCGUCAGCUGCUCGUGCCCCGCGGGUCUUGACGGACCCGCUUGUCAAGAAACCGCUCGCAGUUUCAACGGUGACGGAUGGGCCUGGUUUCCUCAUCUGGAGAUGUGCGAACAAUCUCACCUCAGCUUCGAGUUCAUCACGAAGAAACCCGAUGGGCUGCUGCUUUAUAAUGGACCAUUAGUUGCGCCCGAGCCAGAAGAAAUACUUAUUUCAGAUUUCAUUUCUCUAGAACUUGACAAGGGAGGCCCAAGGCUUCUUGUGGAUUUUGGUUCAGGAACCUUAGAGCUCAAAGUGAGGACCAAGAACAGUCUCGAUGAUGGAAAGUGGCACCGGAUUGAUGUUUUUUGGGACACGCAGGACGUGCAGCUGAUGGUCGACCUGUGUCGCGCGGCCGCCGUGCUGGAGGCGGAGGACGCGCCCCUGCCCCGCUUCGACGGCGCGAGCUGCCUGGCGCGCGGCGCGGUGCCGCCCUUCGACGAGCAGCUCAACGUGAACACCCCGCUGCAGCUGGGGGGCCUGCACGUGGCGCAGUUCGACCCGCAGCAGUACCGCUGGCAGGCCGCGCCGCACGGCCGCCCCUUCCACGGCUGCAUCAGGAACCUCGUGCACAACAGCAAGCUGUACGACAUGCAGCAACCCGGGCUGUCGCGGGGCAGCGAGGCCGGCUGCGCGAUGAUGUCUCGGGCGUGCGGCGCGCAGUGUCGGCAGCACGGCUCCUGCGAGGGCGGGCUGUCUGCGCCGCGCUGUCUCUGCAGCCCGGGCUGGACUGGGCCCGACUGCGUCACCAGGACGGUGCCCGCCACCUUCAAGGAGCUCAGCUACGUCAAGUACGCGCUCUCGUUCGAGCCGGACCGCUUCCUGUCGCGCACCCAGCUGCGCUUCCGCACCAGGGAGCUCGGCGGGGAGCUGCUGAGGCUCAGCGACCAGCACGGCAAGGAGUAUGCCGUGCUUGAGAUUACAGGUGGACACCUCCACUUCCGCUACAACUUGAACAGCGUCAGGACGGAGGAGCAAGACCUUGCCCUGAGCGCCGUACCUGUCCACGAUGGCAAGUGGCACAUAAUCAAGGUGACGCGGUACGGCUCGGCCGCCAUGCUGGAGCUGGACGGUGGCGAGGGCCGCAGGUUCAACGAGACACUGCUGACGAUGGGCCACCAGUGGUUGCUGGUUGACAAGCAGGAGGGGGUCUACGUCGGCGGGAAGGCCGAGUUCACCGGAGUCCGCACCUUCGAGGUUUACGCAGACUACAAGCAAGGCUGCCUGGACGACGUGCGGCUCGACGGCAAGCCCCUGCCGCUGCCGCCCGCCGCCAACGGCACGCAGUGGGGCCAGGCGACCACGGCGCGCCACCUGGAGCGCGGCUGUGCGUCCAGCCGCCCGUGCGACGGCGUGGCUUGCCCCGAGCCCUUCCAGUGCCGCGACCUGUGGAACCAGCACGAGUGCGCGUGCGCGGAGGGGCACGUGAUGGCCGCCGACGGGAAGGGGUGCGUGGACCGCAACGAGUGCCUGGACAAGCCGUGCCUGAACGGCGGCGUCUGCGUCAACCAGAGCCCGCCGCCCGGGUACCGCUGCCUCUGCCCGCAGCGCUUCUGGGGCGGCAAUUGCGAGGCGGCGCGCGACGCCCGCUCGCUGCGGCUCGGCGUGGGCUUCCUGGCCGCCAUCUUGCUCUGCCUGCUCGUCAUCGCCGUCCUGGUGUUUGUUUUUGUGCUAUACAACCGACGAAGACAGUCGCGAGCUAAGUACCCCAAGACAGAGGAGGAUGUUAGAGAAAACAUCAUCAGCUACGAUGAUGAAGGGGGAGGGGAGGACGACAUGAUGGCCUUUGACAUAAAGCCACUGCAGAUACCAGUCGAAGGCGCUGUGGCAGAAGGAUCAUCCAAAGAACAGCAAAUUCCACUGGAAAGAAUUAUUAAUAUUUCAGCUGCUAUCGAGCAAUACAGGAAAGCAGCCGAUGGUGAUCAAAAUGCGCCACCUUUCGAUGACCUUCGGAAUUUUGCUUUCGAAGGCGGCGGUAGCACGUCGGGAUCUUUAUCUUCGCUGGCGACAGAAACUGAAGAGAAUGACCAAGACUUUGAGUACCUGAAUGCGUGGGGCCCACGCUUUAGCGUGCUUUCGAGCAUGUAUAGAGACGAAGAAACCAGCGAAGAAACUCAGUGACGAAUCAACGCAGGCUGUGCACACUGAUUUUUGUAACGACGCGGCGAAGGGAGCUCGCUCACAGCGGAACAGAAGCGACGAAUCUCUCGAAUGUUUCGUGUUCUGAUGGAACCCAUACGUAGUUCGAGAAGAUAUGCCUUACUUUUUGAUGGAGUCUAAUAAAACGAUACAUAUAACGUUCUGUACAUAGUGGUAUCUGCUUAAGACAUUCGAAAAACUUUCGUAAAUGAUGUUAGAUUAUACUUAAUGUGAUAAGGUUUUUAAGGCUGUUGUUAUAUGCGCUGUAAGUGCAAAAAAAUGUUUCAUGUUUUAAUGAAUGUAAGUGCAGAAAGCAUGUUUGUGAUUUUCAUAGAUAUAUUGAUUUCCUGCCUCAAUAAAUGGACCAUGUUAAAAAAAAAUUAUUAUUUAUUUAUGCGCUAAUGUGGUCACAAGUACAAAUCAAGGAAUAAAAACAUAUUUUAUGUAAUCAAAUACUCAAAGAAAUGUUUCUUCAGUAAAUUAAUUUAAUGUGUUUUUUUUUUCAUAAAGUGUCAGGUAAAGUUAAAUCGCUUUAAAUGAAGUUCUGAAUUGAUUGUAACAUUUCAAAGUGUGACUGAAAAGUGAAAUUGUAUGUUAAAUUGUUUUAAUUUUAAUGCAUGUUAUUAUCUUAUUUAAAUGCACAUUGUGCAUUAAAAAAUUUAUUUUUUUGCCAGAUGUGAUGUAUAUUGAGUUUUGUAUUAAAAAAUUUAAAUAUGUGA